GUUAGAGAUAUUCCAUAUUAUAUUCCCUAUUCCCUUAUUAUCUCCUAUACUUUAGGGAGGUUAUUUUGAUACUCCUCAAUUAGGGGGAUUCUCUUGUAUUAUAUACUACGUUCAUGAAUGAGAAGAUCUCAAGCUAUUCUGUGCCAUUAUUAUUUUGUCAUGGUAUCAAGAGCAGGUUAACAAAACCACACAAAUUUUUUUCGCCAUGGCCGGCGACGAUAUUAUUAACCCACCACCACCACCGCUUAAAAUCGAUGCCUCCUCUCCAUUUUUUCUCGGUCCACAGGACCGGCCUGGCGACUUCAUCACUCCCACGAGGCUCACGCAUGAAAACUACGCUGACUGGGCAGCAGACGUUCAAUUAGCCUUAGUGGCUCGCCGCAAAUUUGUUUUUGUUGAUGGUACGAUUUCUUCUCCCGUUCCUCCUUGCACUGAGUCGGAUUGGCUUACCAUCAACGCCAUGCUUGUUUCUUGGAUCACAAAUACUAUCACCCCUGAGGUAAAAAGUACUUUAACUAAGUAUCGUGAGGCUCGUCGUUUGUGGGAUCAUUUAAAACAUCGUUUCUCCAUUGUUAAUGGCCCUAGAAUUCAACAAAUAAAAUCUUCCAUUUCUCGUUGUGAACAAACUAAAAAUAUGCCUGUUUCUACUUAUUAUGGCAAGUUGAAUGCUUUAUGGGAAGAACUCUCUCUUCUUGAACCCCCUAUUCGUUGUUCAUGUUGUUCUACAUGUAAUGUUUCUGAAUUGUAUUCCCAACGCCAUGAAACGACAAAAUUGCAUGAGUUUUUAAUGGGCCUUAAUUCUGAUUAUUUUUCUCACCUUCGAUCCACUAUUCUGUCUUCGGAUCCUUUACCCACCAUUGACCGUGCUUAUCACCUUGCCGUUCAAGAUGAACGGGUCCGGGUCUCGCAACAGUCUGUUGUGGAACCUCCUGCCCCCACGGAUGUUGUGGGUUUUUCGGUUAAGGCUUCUCGGCCUCCUGCUCGCGGGUCCUCCUCCUCGGGUGGACGGGUUGUGUGUGGCAAAUGCCACAAAAACGGCCAUGACUCGGCCUCCUGCUGGGCUCAUCUCACAUGUUCCCAUUGCCACAAAAAAGGACACGACUCUACCCACUGCUAUGAACUUCACGGUUACCCCGAUAAAACUAAGGGUCCUGCUUCUCGGCCCACCACUGCUCCUCCUGCCCGCGCACAUGCUGCUGUCAGCACCCCCGUGUCCUCCUCGGCUGCCUCUGGCAGCAGCCCAUCCUCUUCGUCGCUGUUCACGGCCGAUCAAUGGACCGCCCUUGCGGGCUUGUUUGGUAAUGCCCAGGUUCCUUCUAACCGUUUAAAUGGGCCCCAUGAAGGAGCAGAUUGGAACGGGGACUAGGACUGCUGGUCUCUACUACUUUCAGGGCACUAAUGCUGUUCAUCAUGUUGCGGUUUCUUCUCAACCUGACCCUCUGGACCUUUGGCAUCAGCGUCUUGGUCAUCCCUCAGAAAAAAUAGUUAAACUUAUUCCUCCUCUUUGCAAUCAUAAAGGACAUUUGGAUCCUAAUUGUGUGAUUUGUUUUCGUUCCAAACAUUCUCGUACUAAGUUUCCUUCUAGUACUAAUAAAGCAUCUCGUGUGUUUGAAAAAAUUCAUUGUGAUUUAUGGGGUCCUUAUCGUCAUGUUUCCUCUAGUGGUGCUCGUUACUUUCUUACUAUUGUGGAUGAUUUUUCUAGAGCUGUUUGGACCUAUCUUUUGGUUGAUAAACUUGAAGUUUUUUC